AUGCUCUGGUUCAUUGAGAAGAUCACCAACAAACCCGACUGGCAUGUCAAGGUUUUCAACAAUGACAUUGUUUCCAAGUGGAAGACUGAAGUCAUGACCGUCGACUGGAAAGCCGUCCACCUCGAGCAUGCUCAUUUCAAUAACGCCGUGUUCGCUUGGUGUCUUGCCGAGCUCCGCGAAAAGGCUGCGCUCUACGAAGCUACUGGGCUGGUUCCCGUUUUCGAUGCCACGACUGCCGUCAUCAAGGCCGACAACGCCAUCUCCCUGGAAGUCAAAGAGGAACUGAGAAAGGGAGUGUCAGUCCUCGAGGACGUUCAAGAACAUGCAAAGGACUGGCACCCAGGAAGCGAUGGCAAAGUCCUGGAUCUGGUUCACCCAUCUCUUUAUCCCCUUGUCUACGACUCUGUAAAGGCAUGCGGUACAGGACAAAACAUUCCAGUGCCUGAAAAGAAGCCUGACGAGAGUCGUUUUGCACAGGGCCUAUGGUCUUAUAAAUUUCAUUGGCUCCCGUGCGAGGUUGAUAUCCACGAUGACAAUCCCGCCAUUACUAGCUAUAUCAACAACCUCCAUCCCCAGCACCAUGCCGGGCUCUACGUUACGAUCGAGAAGGUCAUCAAAAAAGCCCUUCCCCUGUGGAAUGUCAUAUAUAGGUGGCACAUAGACUUUGAGGUCCUCAACGUUCCUUGUACAGAAGCCCGCAGAGAAUGUAAAGCCGGGCGCACCAAUUACUGCACUCGAGAAAACCGACCAUUGGAGCCGGGCGAAGACGAGCGCAAUGAGGAUGUAUAUGACCGCGAAUCCUCGCAACUUAACAAAGCCUGGUUCGACAGGACCCACCCCGUCAAGAGGCCUAGCGUCCCCAAUUACAGCCCCAUGCUCCUCCAGCCCAAGGACGUCAACCUUGAGAGAGGCUUCCUCGAUGAUGCCGACCGCAUCCAGGUGAUCGUCAAGCUCGCAAAUAAUCAGCUCACGCCCGAAAAGCCCACCUAUGACGGAGGAUCCUGGCACAUUGAGAGCCAAAUCAACGAGCACAUUUGUGCCACAGCACUGUACUACUACGAUAACGACAACGUUACUGAGAGCCGCCUUGCAUUUUGCACCAAUGCUAACAAGGAGGAUCUUAUGGAAGUGUUGUCGUACGGGCAGGAUGACAUCUCCUCUAUCGAGCGCACCUUUAAGAUCAGCGGUAGAGGGAAUAUUACUCAGGAGCUUGGCAGUGUGCUCACGCGUGAGGACCGAUUGUUGGCAUUUCCGAAUGUUUACGAGCACUGCGUGGCGCCGUUCGAGCUAAUGGACAAGACGAAAGCGGGACAUCGCAAGAUCUUGGCGCUGUUCUUGGUGGACCCAGCCGUUCCGAUCAUCAGUACGGCGAAUGUGCCGCCGCAGCAACGGGAUUGGUGGAAGGAGGGCUGCAUGCCUGAUGGCCACUUCGGGCCAUUACCCGCGGAGGUUGCCGACAUGACUUUUGAUGACCUGGACUUCCUGAUCAGCCUCGAACGAGCCAAGAAGAUUAGAGAGGAACUGAUGGCGGAGAGAACGGCGAAAUCGCCUUGGGACAGUUCUGACCGCCGGAUGGAUACUUGGUCUUUCUGUGAGCAUUGA